GUUGAUGGCUUUCGUGCAACUUGUUGCGCUCAUUCUUCUUCUUCUACUGAUCACCAUUUGUAGUGUAGCCGCUGAACAAGAAAUCAACAAACAGAAUACCGUUGCAGCUAUAAGAGACAACACACAGUCAUCAAAAAUUAGCAAAUUAUCACUUCAAGGAAUAUUACAGCCAGCGCACGUUGCUUUUGAUCUAUCAUCAAGACCAUGGAAUUCAAAAGGAACAGGAAAUAUCAUACUGCAACAACCCUCGAUAGCAGGAGUGGAUAGAAUGACAUAUUCCCAAACAGAAGAAAAGGUUUCACUGAAAGGGAAAGGUCUCGAUAGUGAAUGGCUGGUCCCUCUAACUCAAUCCAGAAGAAGUAUAUCGGAAAGAAGGCGACAGGCUACGGAAACAUCUGCCAACCUUGAAGGAGGCCUAAUCACAGUGGGAGGCUAUUAUACAAAUAUUUCAGUCGGUGGACAGGAUGUUUAUGUUUUAAUAGAUACGGGUAGCUCUACUUUGGCAGUUAUUUCGUCAGAUAUUGAAGGAAGAACUAAUGGAAUUCCAUUCUUUAAUAGUUCGUCCUCUACGAUGAUCAGCUGUUCCUCUCCUCAGUGUCAGUCGAAUACUUGCAGUUCUUCACUUUGUCAAACCAAUUCCUGCUCCUCCAAUCAGGCAUGUUGUCUGAAUUUAGGAGACAAAUCAGGAUGUUUUUUCAAUUUACAAUAUGGAGAUGGUUCAGGCGCAAGCGGAAUACUUUUUGAAGACAAUGUAUCUUUGAGUGGUAUGGCGGCCAAAUGCAGUAUUGGUGCUAUUGUGAACGAUACAAAAGGUUUCCAAGUAGGUGAAGCACUUGGAAUCUUGGGUUUGGCAUUUUCUCGAUUGGCUUGUAACCCAACCUGCAUUACACCUUUCUUCGAUGAAUUAGUCAGUCAAGAAAAUAUUACAGAUAUCUUUUCCAUUUCUUUGAGUCUUUCAAGUGGAACUCUGGUAUUGGGAGGUAUUGAUCAUUCUCUUUAUAGUGGUCCUGUGAAUUACGUUCCUAUGGAGAAUAGGAGCAGCAAUACCUAUUACAUAGUGGCUUCGAAUGGUUUGUCUGUAGAUGGGACAGUGUUGAAUGAAACGGAUGGAAUGAUGGCUGCUGUGGACAGUGGAACGACCACAUUAGUAUUUGAUGAAGCGACUUAUGAACUUUUGCGUUCCUAUUUCCAGUCACAUUAUUGUAGCGUUCCUGGUUUAUGCCCAUCAGCAGGUUCCAAUACAACUUGGUUUAGUAGUAAUUUUUGUGUAGUUUUGGACGAGCAACAGCUACAAAAUUUGCCCAGUAUAUCUUUGCAACUAAAGAACAACGUUGUCUUGAGUUUGAAUGCGACCGACUAUAUGGUUCAGGUUCAACAAAGUUUGACCACUGGUCCAUUUGCAUUGGCUUCAAACUCAUCUUCCCAAGUGACUACGGCAACAGAUGGAGGAAAAUCAGUUCGUUGUUUGGCCAUCAAUAAGCUACAAGGAUUGAAAGAGAUAAGUGGUUUAGAUAUGAUAUUAGGAGACACCGUUUUGAGGAAGUAUUACACGAUUUUUGAUAGGCAAAACAGCAGAAUUGGUUUUGCUUUAUCUACCAAUGAUGUAAAUGACUAACAGCAUACCAACUACUUAGUUGGUGUUGUGAAAUAAACCAAUCUUCAACCUU